AUGAAAAGAAUAUUCUCAGGUGCAAAAUCACCUAUGAUAAAUAUUUCAGAAAAAUUCAGUAACGAAUUAACUUCCCAAACAAUAGAAAUAGAAGAUAAAUCAUUGAAUUCUAUAGUAAAUGACCAAGCAUCUCCAGAAUUAAUGCCUAUUUUGACUUUACUAUCUGCACAUUUACAUAGAAGGUACCAUGAGGGUGUUUUGUUAAUGUUAGAAGAUCUAAAAAAUGAUGGGGCUCCUGGAGCUAGAAAAUGGGAAGAGAAGUAUGCUGUACUUAUCGGUACUCAAUUGGCAUUGUGGAAUGCGAAUGAUCUUAAUGGGGUCGAUGAAGCUACUUUAAAAAAUUCAGCUACAAAACCCACCUAUAUAAAUUUUACAGAUGCUAAUAUUCAGUGUGUGGAAACGGUUAAAGGUGUAUCUGCCCAGAACAACAAAAAAUUGGAGAAUAUUCUUGUUGUAUCUACUACUUUGAAAAAUAGAUAUUUUUUACAGUUCAGUAAUAAAGAAUCAUUCAAUCAGUGGAAUGUUGCUGUAAGACUGAGUCUUUAUGAAUCCACAUCUUUACAAGAAGCAUACACGGGUGCAUUUAUAUCAAGUAGAGGGUCUCGUUUAAGUGAUAUAGGUGUAUUAUUGGCCUCAACCAAAUUUGAUUAUGAGGAAUGGGUAAGUGUUAGAUUUGGUGUCGGCAUGCCGUGGAAGAGAUGCUAUGCAGUAAUUACUCAAAAUGUCAAUAAAAAAAAAGAUACAUUUGGUGAAAUAAAUUUUUAUGAAAGUGAUAAAAAGAUUAAAAAACAACAUUCAAUGACAACUGUGACUCAUGCAAAUGCAAUCUAUGCAGUCUAUCCAUCAUCUCCUAAACUGAUCGACAAUUCUACAAUGAUUAAACUGGAAGGUAAAGCAAAAUUCAAAGGAGAUGAUACCAUCCAAGAGACUAAUUUGUUUAUCAUGCCUGAAAGACACGAAGCUGUGCCAUGUUAUGAUACAAUUAUCAGGUUUCUACUUCCAGCAAUGAAUGCGUUUAGGUUAUAUGGUAGACCAAAGAAGCUUAUUGCUAAUAAAGAUGAUCCAAUUUCGUUACUAUUUGCAUUACCUACAUUGCCUCACAUAUAUUAUUUACAACCGGAAGAUUUAAUACCAUUAACAAAAUCUUCAAGCUGUCUUUAUUGGAAUUCGUCUGAAUGGACAACUAAAAUACGCGACAUUUUACAAACAAAAUUAAAUAAAGGGUAUAGUGGUUGUGGAUCAACUAAAUCUUUAAAAAAUAUUCUUGGCACACAAUUUUUAGAGAGUGGUGAAUUAUUUCAAACAUCUGGAAAUAUCUUAUCACCAUUAUUAAGGAAUACUAAUGGUAAACCUGACAUAUUUUCACCAAAAUUGAAUGCCAGCAAAGUUUAUCAGAAGAAUAACAGUACUGGCUUUAAAUCUUCAACAAGUUUAAAGAGUUCAUCAUCUAAAUCCCUAGAAUCACCAUUAGAUUUAGAUACUUCCAAUCCAGGAGUAUUAAAACCAGAAUUUACUGAUCAGGUACUAGCCAACAAAACGGUAGCAAAGAAUCAAAGAGAUAUUUUGGAAACAAUCAACAAUCAACAAAUAUCAGAAAAUAAUCAUACAAAGGAGUUUAAAGAUACACAACAUACGGUAAUACCAAAAGUAAAUAAUUCAAAAGAAGAGGACCACUUCGCACAAGUCAAUAAAAGAUACAACAAUUUUGCAGCCAUGACUGCGAACGCGAGGGAAAAUGAAUACUCACCUUCUCGAAAGUAUAAACCUGAACCAUUAAAAUUACAAAGUUCCAAUUUUGAUACUUUUGAUAAUCAAUCAAGUGCAAAAAAUUACGAUAAUAGACACACAAGAGCGGAAUCAAGUUUCUCAUUUCUUAUUGAUGCCUACCGUGAAAUCGAAGACAAUAACAAUUACGAUCAUCCAGAAUUCAGUAUAAAAAUGAAAGAAUUAAAUUUGUCAAAAGAAAACACCAAUAAUUCGAGUGAGCAUGAUGUUUUUGAUCCUGAGUUUGUUGAACAGAGUCAAAUGUUGGAGAUGGAAAAUAUAUAUGGUUCCACGACAAAUAAAACCCAAAGAUCUAUAGUCAAUGAAAAUAGUGACAAGGACUAUAAAGAUAAAACUGUUAUGAAACAAGAACAAAUCCCAAGACAUAUAACUACUGCUAAUAAUAAUAAUGAUGAUGCUAAUGAUACUGAUAAACAAAAUGUAGAUAGGGACCGAACUGUAACUCCUUUGGUUGCUCAAGUUAAUACUAAUAACACAUCAAAUAUAACCACACAGAAUAUAACACAUAAGAAACCCCCACCACCACCUCCACCAGUGAAUCAACUGCUGCCACAACAAACAAGUAAUUUACAAAAGAUGGACAAUAAUAAUGGUAUAGCUAGUCAAAUGAUUCCUAAUCCAUAUUCUAUGAAAAAAGAUUCAUUAUCAAAUACUGGAGCACAACAAAUACUAAUACAACCACAAACAUCAGGGUAUAACCAAUCGCCUCAUCACACAACACCCACCAACUACUCCCCUGCAUUCAACCAACCUUUACUAAAUAAUCAACAUCAAUAUCCCUCAGUUAACCAAUAUCCACAACCAUAUACAAACAACCCAAAAAUCACUCCGAGAACAAUGAUACCAACUGCUAAUAAUAAUAAUAAUAAUAAUAAUAAUAAUAAUAAUAAUAAUAAUAAUAAUAAUAACAAUAUGAACAAAAUCUUGUCAAAUCAACAACAGCAUCAUGGAUAUAUACAAAAUAUAUCGUACAACAACAAUACUGGAAACAUGAAUUAUCCAUUACAAAACCAAUAUCCACCAUCAAACCAAAGGCUACCUGGUCCAAACCAGUCUCUAAACUACAGAAAUAAUCAAGCAUCAUCAUAUUCUUCUAACCGACAAUUUAAUAGAUAUGAUAAUAUUAAUUAUAACAAUUACAAUUACAAUAACUAUAACCAUAACUAUAACCAACUACCAUAUUCCAAUACAAGAACCAUUAAUAAUCCCAAUCUUAAUAAUAAUGCCAGUAAUAGACAUGCAGCACCAUUCCAUCCACAACCACCAUCGCAACAACAGCAACAAUCUCAGUUCAUAAGACCUAAACCUGCUGGGUUUUCCCAAUUCAUGCCAUCACCCAAUACGAGUAACGGAACUAAUCCGUAUGGUAUGUCUAUAUAA